UCUGAGAACCACGUAAAACGGGUUCGCAGUUCCUGGCUCUCUCUCUGUCUGUGCCCUUAAGAGCUCAGUGUUCGCUUCUAUUGCCUUCGACCGAAACUUUUUUCUUUCACUUCAUCUGAUUUCGAAUUUCGAUCGACCAUGGAAUCGCGGCUGUUGUCACGCGCCACCGCCUUCCCCGCAAUCCCGCACGUGCGGAAGUCCGCCGCGAGGGAGAGCUCCGGCAAUGCCUGCUUCACUCAGGCGAGGCCGAUUGGGGCUGUAUGUGAAGGCGGGAACCUCAUUUGGGGGAGGCAGCUGAGGCCGGCGCUUCUGCUUCAGGAGAGCUUUCCGUCGUCGGCGACGGUGACGAGGAGGGAGAUUCUUCGGCCGUGCUUGGCCGCGGCUUCCUCUCCCGCUGGGGGGAGCGAUUCCGCCGGAGAAGCGAAAGUCGGGUUUCUCAGCAAGUACCCGGCACUCGUUACCGGAUUCUUCUUCUUCAUGUGGUACUUCUUGAACGUGAUAUUCAACAUUAUGAACAAGAAGAUCUACAAUUACUUCCCGUACCCAUACUUCGUGUCGGUUAUACACUUGUUUGUCGGGGUGGUCUACUGUUUGAUCAGCUGGGCCGUGGGCCUUCCUAAGCGCGCUCCCAUGGACGGUAACCUGUUGAAGCUGCUAAUCCCUGUGGCCGUAUGCCAUGCGCUUGGUCAUGUGACCAGUAAUGUAUCAUUUGCAGCUGUUGCUGUCUCUUUCACACACACAAUCAAAGCUCUUGAGCCAUUCUUCAAUGCUGCUGCUUCUCAAUUCAUACUUGGGCAAUCUAUUCCCAUUACUUUAUGGCUUUCAUUGGCUCCUGUUGUUCUUGGUGUGUCGGUGGCAUCAUUGACCGAGUUGUCGUUCAACUGGACUGGUUUCAUCAGUGCUAUGAUUUCCAAUAUCUCCUUCACUUACAGGAGUAUCUAUUCAAAGAAAGCUAUGACUGAUAUGGACAGUACUAAUAUCUAUGCCUACAUCUCGAUCAUCGCUCUCAUCGUCUGCAUUCCACCAGCCCUCAUUGUAGAGGGACCUCAACUGCUCAAGCAUGGUUUUAAUGAUGCAAUUGCAAAAGUUGGUCUUGUCAAGUUCGUCACUGAUCUCUUUUGGGUUGGACUGUUCUAUCACCUUUACAACCAGUUGGCCACCAACACUUUGGAGAGGGUGGCACCUCUUACACAUGCGGUUGGGAAUGUGUUGAAACGUGUGUUCGUGAUUGGCUUCUCAAUCAUAAUCUUUGGUAACAAGAUUUCGACACAAACUGGUAUUGGAACAGCCGUUGCUAUUGCUGGAGUGGCGGCUUACUCUUACAUCAAGGCCCAGAUGGAAGAAGAGAAACGAAAAGGGAAGACAGCAUAAGAAGUAAAGAAGGAUGAAACAUGGUGGAAAUCUUGCACUGUAAAUUUUAUUUCUUACCUCGAGAAGACAUGAAAUAACAUCUCUUUCAGUCUCUCUUUCCUUGCUCCUUUUUAUUUUUCAAUGAUUUUCUUUAAUUCAAGGUUUCAACAGACUAAAAAUAAUGUACGCCUUGAUAGAAUGUUUGGAGAUUUAUUAUGUGAAAUAUAUUAAACGACAUGCAAGACGUGUUUGAAAUUUUUCAA